AUGGCCGAGACUCCGAGGGAACAAGGCAACUGCGACCUCGAUCUUGGUGGCAGUUUCCUGAAGGAUCUGCCACCUUCAAUCCCAAGAUACACAUACACAGGAGAGUCUCAAUUCUUGGAUAUUCUCCAAUCCGAAUACGCUCGUCUCCGAUCCUCAAACACCGCAAGCGAAUUCCUCCUCUUCCAUGCGAGCAAAGACACCAUCAAAUCCAUCUUCAAUCCUCAAAACGGAGAUACUUCUCUCGCAAGAAACUUCAACUCCUUUGAUACCACCGAGCAGCUUCUCCUGGCCAAGAUGUCUUUAGAUCCACACGGCGUGGCAGCCCAUUUCAUGAACAUUGCAAUGUACAACGUCUUCAAUACAAUGGGCCUUGGUAACAUCAUCCAUGGACACCCGGGUGUGAAAUUCGAAGGCAAUGAUCGGGGGAAAGUGGCAGACUACAGCUGGGGACCUGUCAGGGGGCCGCGUGAUGGACCUAGAUCACCCUCCGUCGCGCUCGAAGUUGCGUACUCGGAGACAGACGUCAAACUGAACUCCGAUGUCCGAUUCUGGCUGGAUCCAGACAGCAGCCAAGCAAACAUAUGCUUGACACUACGGAUCAACAGAUCUCGGCCAGAAAUUCGAAUUGAAAAGUGGGAGAGACGCAACAACCGAGCUCAUCGGUCUCAAAUCAUUUGGAUCACCAGGAAAGGGGAUCAGAGCAACGUCAGUCACCAUCCUCUGGUUAUUCCGUUUGAAGGUCUAUUGCGUCGCCAGUCAUCUUGCCCAGGGGAGAAAGAUUUGGAAAUCUCACAGGGAGAGCUAAAAAAAGUCGCGGAGGCGAUCUGGAAAGCGCAGGAAUUGUGA